AUGAAUAUAAAAGUGGUAGUUCAGAUUAUAGUCAUCGGACUCAUCUUUUGCAUUCAAACUUUGAAUGCUCAGAUACCACAAGAAGAACUUGAUGCAGCAAUAUGGAUCAUUCGUCAAUAUGGUAGUAAUAUUGUACAAGAUAUACCAAGUAUAUGCGCAUCAGCUGCAUUCAAAUGUGAAAAUGGUCACUUGACUCGAGUAUCAUUGGUUCAAUCAACCAAUACAUUUUUGGGUACUGGAUUAAUUCCAGAUCCGUCGUUGACAGCUCUAUCACUACCAGAGUGUGUCCAAUUCGAUAUCCACCCAAUCGGUCCCUACAGAGGCGAUCCUAAUCAAUCAAUAUUGACCAAAUUAACUAUCGUCUCAAAGGUCAUAACCAUGACCUUGUAUGAUGAUGUCAUUUCAAAUAUUCCAAUUGGAUUUCUCAACCCUUUUAUCGGAUUGUCAAGUAUGAUAUUAAGCUUUGGUAAUAUUACAGUGUUACAAGAAGGUUCAUUCGAGGUGACCUCUGCAUCAAUAACAAAUGUUGAUUUCGAGUUCACUGCAUUGAAAAGUUAUCCAUCGUUUAGCAAUAGUUCUUCGUCGUUGUUGUGGAGAUCAUUGACUCAGUUGAGUAUGAAUAUUAAUUCUAGUGCUGCCGACUCUCCCAUUUCUCUCACCUUUUCUCCAACCAUUUUCCCAAACUUAGUAUUACUACAACUUUUCAACUUGGAUGUGGCAACCAUCACUAUUUCUAUAAGUUGCAUAAAUAUAUAUCUUUUAGGACAAGCUACCAAUGGCUUUGCAUUAACCGUUCCAAAUCCAAGCAAAGUAGUUAAUUUGAGGAUUGAUGGUCAAACAACCGUUUCACCUCCAUUAGAACAAUUUGUAAAUUUAAUAACGUUGACUACUGGCUUUUCAAAUAGUGAUGUCUACCCUUUUUCAAAAUUCCCUCCCAAGUUGGAAAAAUUUUCAACAGUAUCCUCAGCGAUGACAACAUUUCCAACAUCUCCAACUCCACCAGUAUCAUUUAAAGGGUGGUCAUAUACAUCGAUAAUAGGAUUUGUAGUAAUUCCAUGGGCAUUGUUGACACCAGAUAAUACAUCAAGAUUACUUGAUAUUAGUAACAACCCAAUACUUACUGGAUCAGUUCCUGAUAGUUUUUGUAUCAACAAACUCAUUAUCACAGAUACCAAUAUUUUAACUAUUCCAUAUUGUUAUUGGUGUUAUUAUAAUGACCCAUCUGUUAUUCAAACAAGUUUAGCAUAUCCAACUCCAUUUACAUGUCAACCAUCAAUUGAUAAUAGUACUAUUUUCACUAAAGGUUUCCGUGGACUUUUGUUUGGCUCUUAUCUAGGGUGGGGUAAUACUGCUCUUCACGCCACCCAAGGAUAUUAUACUCUUACUCCCAUAGUCCCACAUAAAAUAUUAGAAUUAUAUUAUCGUACAAUUGGAUCACAACAAUCAGUUUCGAUUAAAUUAAAUGAAAAAGAAUCAUAUAUAGUUGAUUUAGAUCUUUUAGAGGUUGGCAUUAUAUUGACAUCGGUCAAUGUCACUCAAAUACCAACCGAUAAAUUAUUGUUUACUUGGAUGUUUUUAUUCUACAAUGAUCAUCUUCAACACGAGUUUCAACUACUCCCUCUUCAAUUGGGUCGUGAAUGUCAACGUACAACAACAAACUACAACUCUACAUCUGGAAGCUCGAUGGUCAUUUGUGAAUUGGAUAACAGCCAAUUAAAUAUGCCAUCCUACACUUUUAGAGUAUCAAAUCCUUUUAAUCAAGAAACAUUCACCGUUCCUUUUAAAUACUAUCCUCGAUUAGUAUCAGGACAAGUUGAUUCAACAAAUCAAAGAUUAAUUUAUUUGUUUGGUGAUUUUGGUCAAAAUCAUUCGCUAGCAAUUAUUACAAUUAAUCAUAAAAUAGCGUGUAGUAUUGUAUCAUCGGCUGCGGAUGCUAUUAAUUGUACAUUGUCAGGGAGUGCUAGUUAUGGUCCUGCUAAUGUUAGUAUCGUAGUUGAUGGGAAACCAUUUGAAGCAAAUGACUUUUUGUUUUUUAAAAAUAAUAAUAAUGGUUCAACUACUACGACUACUGGAUCAACAACUACAACAGGAGGAGGAACAACACCACAAACACAAUGUCAAGAAUCAACAUCAAAUUGUUUUGGACAUGGAUCUUGUGAUGUUAAUGGCCGUUGUCAAUGUGAUAGUGGUUAUAAUCCAAUUGAUAAUUGUUUGACUAAAUUCACCAACUCAACACCUAUUACAAAUACAACAGCACCAACAUCAUCAUUUGAAGUGGAUGGAACAAGAUUUGAUUUUGAAUUGGUUGCUAUUCAAGAAUUGGAUAAUGAAGGUAUUGUCGUUGGAGAAUUACUGACAAACAGUUGGAAUGCAACUAUCAACAAUGAUACUACAACAACUCUAGUCACCUAUCAACUUGUCAAUAUUAGUAAUGCACUAUACAUUGAUACGAUAGUUCAAGCAAUGAUAUCAUUCUCAACACAACCAAGAGAUAUCCAAUUUGGAGAUCAACUACUUCACAUCAAUCCAAACUCAAUCAAACUGGCAUUGAAUAUCACCAACUGGCAAUACAAUAAUCUUAUAUCAACACUUCGAGUUGUAUUUAGAACCGAUGUCAAUAUGAACCAAACGAUUGAAUAUGAUUGCAAACAACAAUCGAUAUCAACAUUCUCAUACGAUCAACUAUCAUCAACCAUCCAAUAUCUCAGAGUAAUCAAAGAUAACGUCCAAUACAACGGUCGAUUCAUUGAUUAUGUAUUAUCAGAUGGAAGACCAACAUUCUCCAAAACAACACUGAUCAACCAAACAACCAGUCAAUCAUCAUCAACACCAACAACAAUCAUGUCAACAUUGAUUGGAGUAUCAUUACCUCAAUGUCAAUCAUGUUUACUUGACCCAGAUUUCACACCACUUUUAAUUGACUACUCUCAAAGUGAUUGUGAUUCAACCAACAGUAAAACAUGGAAGAUUAUUGUUGGAGUUGUCGUUGGUGGAUUCGCUGCCAUUGCCAUUGCUGCGGGCACUGUAAUAUAUAUGAAAAAAAAGAAAACUAUGAACCGUCAUAACAAAUCAAUGCAAAACAAAUUAAAGAAUAUGUCCAAAUUAUUAAGCCCAGCGACCUCUCCUUUUAUUAUUAACACUGGAUUAGUUCCAGAUCCGUCGUUGACAGCUCUAUCGCUACCAGAGUGUGCCCAAUUGGAUAUCCACCCAAUCGGUAAUUUUAGAGGCGAUCCUAAUCAAUCAAUAUUGACCAAAUUAACGAUCGUCUCAAAGGUUAAAUCUUUAUCCAUGUAUGAGGAUGUCAUUUCAAAUAUUCCAAUUGGAUUUCUCAAACCUUUUACAUCAUUGAUAAGCCUGACAUUAGAUCUUGGUAACAUUACAGUGUUACAAGAAGGCUCAUUCGAGGUGACCUCUGCAACAACAAUAAUUGCUGGUUUCGAGUUCAUUGCAUUGAAAAGCUAUCCAUCGUUUAGCAAUAGAUCUUCAUCGUUGUUGUGGAGAUCAUUGACUCAGUUGAGUAUGAAUAUUAAUUCAAGUGCCUCUGACUCUCCCAUUUCUCUCACCUUUUCACCAACCGUUUUCCCAAACUUGGUAUACCUACAACUUUCCAACUUGGAUAUGGCAACCAUCACAGUUUCUAUAAGUUGCAUAAAUAUAUAUCUUUUAGGACAAGCUACCAAUGGCUUUGCAUUAACUGUUCCAAAUCCAAGCAAAGUAGUUAAUUUGAGGAUUGAUGGUCAAACAACCGUUUCACCUCCAUUAGAACAAUUCUUAAAUUUAAAAACGUUGACUACUGGGUUUUCAAACAGUGAUGUCUACCCUUUUUCAAAGUUUCCUCCCAAGUUGGAAAAAUUUUUAACAGUAUACUCAGCAAUGACAACAUUUCCAACAUCUCCAACUCCACCAGUAUCAUUUAAAGAGUGGAAAUACUCAUCUAUAAUAGGAUUUGUAGUAAUUCCAUGGGCAUUGUUGACACCAGAUAAUACAUCAAGAUUACUUGAUAUUAGUAACAAUACAACACUUGAUGGAUUAGUUUCCGAUAGUUUUUGUAUCACAUAA